CGCUCUCUCUCUCUGACUUGUUCUCCCUCUCUCGCUCUCUCUCAGUCAGGGCCCUCUGGGGAGCCCAAUUAGGGCCGUCUCCCCCACACGAAGAUCUACCCAUGACUCCCCGCUUCUCCUCCUCGUCUUUUUUUAAUCAAAUAAGAAUUCUCUGGAGGCUAGUCCUUGUUUUAAGGAGACGGCAUGCUGAAUUAAAUUUUAAUUAAGGAAAUGCUAGCCUUUUAGAAGACAUCGGAAAUGAAUGGAAUUGGGAGGGCACCCAAGAAGGCAAAGAAGAAGGCAGCAGAGGCCAGCUCCAAUGUGUUCUCCAUGUUUGAGCAAGCCCAGAUCCAGGAGUUCAAGGAGGCUUUCACAAUCAUGGACCAGAACAGAGACGGUUUCAUUGACAAGAGUGACCUGAGGGACACCUUCUGCGCUCUGGGCCGUCUCAAUGUGGGUAAUGAUGAGCUGGACGAGAUGCUGAAGAUGGCCCCUGGACCCAUCAACUUCACCAUAUUCCUCUCCAUGUUUGGCGAGAAGUUGAAAGGUACUGAUCCUGAAGAGACCAUUAUUAACGCCUUCAAGAUCUUCGACCCCGAGGGACAGGGCGUCCUCAAGGGAGAAGAUAUCAAAUAUUACAUCAUGUCUCAGGCGGACAAGUUCACCGAAGCUGAGGUUGAAGACAUGUUCACAAACUUCCCCCUGGACGUCGCCGGCAAUCUGGACUACAAGAACCUGUGCUACGUUAUCACCCACGGAGAGGACAAGGAGGCGGAGUAAAGGAACCAAUCACAACCUUCAAAUCACCCGACCAAUCACCUCCGACAGCCAACUACACAUCAUCACCCUUUCCACAUCUCACCAUUCUGACAAUAAAAACGUAGUAAAAAGGAC